AUGGACCCAGGCCCGGGUACUGUAUUGCCUCGCCUCAAUCUCGAAUCUCCAUCGGCGCGGCUGGUGAGCUCUCGGCGUCUUCCCUCAGCCAUCCAUCCAUCCUUCACGGAUCUCUCUCUCCAGGCCAAAGACAAGACCCUCCCCAACAACAACACCAACAUCAACACCAAGGCCAACUGCCAAACAACUGCCGCAACCCGCAACGCAACGCAGCGCAACGCAGCGCAGCGGAACAUCUCCAUCUCUCUCUUUCUCUCUCUCUCUCCCAUCCCGCCAUCGUCAUCCAGCGCGAUGCGACACACAGCCGACGCUCCAGACGCCGUCAAGCACCUUUGUCGAAUGGGUGUGCCCAUACCUGACGUGCAGCUGCAUCGUGGCGGACCUUGUUGCGCUGAAUCGGCCAAUCCCACGCCAGCCAUCGGCCGCCUGACUGUCUUGCUUUGCUUCCCGUCCCUCAGCACCAAAAGCGGCAAGCCUGCUUUUUCGUCUUGCUGUCUCUGUCUCUCUCCAUUGUUGCGUCUUGGCUCUCGUGUCCUUCGUCCUGGUUCCCUGCCCCGGGUGGCUGCUGCUGUUGCUGCUGCUGCUGCUGCUGCUGCUGCUGCUGCUGCUGCUGCUACUGGCGGCGGCUCUCAUCUCUUGCUUGCCCGUCUGUCUGUGGGGGUGGCCUCUCAGGUGGCCGCAUCGCACCAGAUAUGCAUCACGGUGGCCAUUCGCUCCGUCGCGGCGGGCGACAAUCCUGUGCUUGCACCAUAG